CUACACUUAGGUUUCGUUUGUGUAAAAGUCAAACUCUCUGUGAUUGUUCUCUGGGAGAAAUGGCGCAGAAAGCACUGGACGAAGAAGACUUUUUCUGCCCCAUCUGUUUGGAUCUACUGAAGGAUCCAGUGACUAUUCCCUGUGGACACAGCUACUGCAGGAACUGUAUCCAACAGCACUGGGCCCAAGAGGACGAGAAGCAGGUCUACAGCUGUCCAGAAUGUCGCCACAGCUUCAGCCCCAGGCCUAUCCUGGUCAAACACAUCAUGUUAGCAGGUUUAGUGGAGCAGCUGAAGAAGACUAGGCUCUCAGAGGCCCCUGCUGCCCGCAGCUAUGCCAGACCUCAAGAUGUGUCCUGUGAUGUGUGUACUGGGAGGAAGCUGAGAGCUGUCCAGUCAUGUCUGCAAUGUGUGGCCUCUUACUGUGAGAGCCAUCUACAGCCGCAUUAUGAAGCUGCAGCAUUACAGAAACACCAGCUGGUGGCGCCAUCUCACGGGCUCCAGGAAUACAUCUGCUCUCACCACCAUAAAGUGAUGGAUCUGUUCUGCCGCACUGACCAGCAGAGCAUCUGCUACCUCUGCUCUGUGGACCAGCACAAGGGACACGACACAGUGACGGCUGCAGUAGAGAGGGCCCAUAGGCAGGCACAGCUGCCCGCCAAGAAGGCCCUGCUGCUCCAGAGCCUCCAGCACAAAGAGACAGACCUGAAGAAGCUCCAACAGGAAGCCAAGGACAUCAGCAGCUCUGCCCAGAGAGCAGUGCAGUACAACAGGAACAGUUUCAAAGACAUGGCCUUUCUCCUGGAGAUGAAACGCUCUGAAGUGGAGGAGCAGAUCCGCUCCCAGGAGCAGACCCAACUGAGCCGAGUCCAAAUCCUCCAGCACCAACUGCAGCGGGAUGUGAGGAAGCUGAAAAAAAGCCUCUCUGAGCUGGACACUCUGGCCCUCACCCAGGACCAUAACCAGAUUCUACAGUGCACUUCACUGUCCACAGACUCACAGAGCAGAGGGUCAGUCAGGGCUCACACAGAAAGAAAAAAGAUGAAAGGCAACAGUUAUACUCACAUUAUCAGUGAACAAAAUUCACAAACUGGGAAUGUGACAGGGGCCCAGGGCCCCUUCUGGGCCCAUGUGACCAGAGCUGUGUCAGAGCUCACUGACCAACUUGAGGUCACUCUGACAAAGGGCCUGGAUCGUGUUCACUGUUCACUGUCACCUAAAGUCUCCAGAAAGGACUUGUUACAAUAUGCUACAAUCAUCACGCUGGAUCCAAACACAGCUAACAAUAGUUUGUCUCUGUCUGAUGGAAACAGAAGAGUAACAUAUAUGGAAAUAGAGCAGACAUAUCCUAAACAUCAGGAGAGAUUCAUUGACAGACCUCAGGUCUUGAGCAGAGAGAGUCUGAGAGGCCGCUGUUACUGGGAGGUGGAGUGGAAUGAGUUUGUCGGUAUAGCAGUUUCAUACAGAGAUAUUAGGAGGAAAGUAUACAGUGAAAGUGGAUUUGGAUUCAAUGAUAAAUCCUGGGGCUUAGACUGUUGGAUGAAAAUGACACAUUUUAACUCAAAGGAAUCAAAGGUCUUCGGUACGAUCGAGUCCAGAGUCGGGGUUUAUCUGGACCACAGUGCAGGGGUUUUGGAGUUUUACAGCAUCUCUGGAAGUACCGCGAGACUCCUCCACAGAGAGCAGACCACUUUCACACAGCCUCUCUAUGCUGGGCUCUGGCUCUGUGCGUGCUUUCCUGGAAGCACUGCACUUGUCCCUAAACUCAAGUAGCUGCUUUAUUGUCACAGUUUGGCCUCGUCUUUGUGACUUUUAUUUAGCUGAUUGUGGAGGCAUUUUGUGAGAGAGACUUUUUGAAGUUUAAGAUUAAAAUGGGUUUCAGCUACAAUGUAGAACUUUAAUACUUUUGGUCAAUAUCCAAAAUCUUCAUGAAAUUUAAAAUGACUUGUAUAGAACUAAAAUGUACAGAUCAUCUUUUGUUUAACUUACUGGCAACAAUACAGUUUGGUACACUUUUAAUAAUACAGAACAUUUAAAUUAAUGUGUUUAAUUGUCUGCACGUUACUUUAUAGUGUAACUUAUAAUCAGUUUCUUGUGAUGUAACUCUACUGAAACUCUGCUGGAUCAUACUUGUUAAAUCCGUCAGUGCCUGUGCCAGUGUGUGAGCAGAGAGUAAAGAUCACCUCUGUAGUGAGUGUGUUUACAGUAGUGCCCUCAUGAGCCGCUGUUCCAUCUGUAG